AUGCUUCGCGGUGGGCGCCUUCUUCUCGCUCACUCGGAACUCUCUCUCACCCACACAACAACAAUGCCCAACUAUCCGGUCUACUCGAUGGGACCAUCGAGUCCCAUUGACGAGCCGGUAUGGUCGCGCAACGAAGGAGCGAUGUCGCGCGGUGUUUCGCACCAUUCGAUGAUCGCCGCCGCCACACCAACGACGACGCCAUAUUCGGCCGCCGGCGCGUUUACGCCAUUUCCCACCCAGACCACCGUGAUCCAUUCGAAUGUGAAGCAGGUGCCCGACGCCGAUAUUUAUAGGGUCGGAAUAUACGGUUGGCGGAAGCGAUUCCUCUACAUUUUCAUUCUCGUCCUCACCAUCGGCAUCGUGUUGAAUCUCGCGCUGACGAUAUGGAUCAUGUCGGUUCUCGAUUUCUCAACGGACGGCAUCGGCGCGCUGAAAAUCGAGGACGACGGAAUUCGCGUCGAAGGCCGCGCCCAAUUCGAUCGGCCCGUCCAUUUUUCGGAGCUCGGCACCCUUCGGGAUGAGACGCUUUCGAUCGACUCGUUCAAUGGUGUCAAUCUUCAAUCGCGCAACACCAAAGGCGACGUGGCCGCCAAAUUUUCGCUGAUGCCCGAUGGAAAAGCGCAAAUGACGUGCGACAAAUUCGAGGUGUUCGACGAUGAUCAGAAGUUGCUAUUUUUCGCCGAUUCCGAUGAAAUUGGGCUGAAAUUGGAGAAUUUGCGAAUUCUUGACGAAGGCGGCAGCGUGUUCGAGGGCGCCAUUCAAACCUCGUCCGUUCGUCCGCAACCCGAUGCGCCGCUUCGCCUCGAAUCACCGACGAGAAGCGUCUCGGUGGACGCCGCGCAGGACAUCGAGAUUCUCGCCGCUGCCGGUGAAGUCGCCGUCAACUCUCUACUAGACAUCAAUAUCUCGUCCAAGCAGGGCGAGAUUCGCCUCGAAUCAUCCACAAUCUAUAUGGAGAAGCUUCAUCGAUCCGAUGGACGCGGGGCGCCGCAAACGCAAGUGUGCGUCUGCCACAAUGGCAGAUUGUUUCUGGCGGCGCCGAACGCGGAUUGCCGAGCGGAUCGCGAGAUUUGCGCGAAUUGA